UUUUUUUUCGAUAAAAUAAAUUUUUAAAAUAACCAGAUGGAAACUAAGCUUAGUAAUUUGAAUAUCUCGGAUAAAGAUACUGAUACUAUAAUUACCAAAAAUUGUUGUAAACCAUUUACUAAAGAAUUAUGGUGUAAAGAAUGUAUUCAUUCUUUAGAAAGAUCAGCAGAAAAUGGUGAUAAAGUGGCAAUGUAUAAUUUAGCCAUAUGCUAUAAAAAUGGGGAAGGAACAGAAAAGAAUUUAGAAAAAGCCUUUUAUUGGUAUCAAAAAGCAGCAGAAAAUGAUAAAGUAAAUCCUAAAAAUGAAGUUAAAUCAUAUUUUUCAAAGUGGACUAGUCAAAAUGAAUUUAUUGAUAAAUUUAUUCAAGAAGCACAACUAAAUGCUAAAAAUAGUUAUGAAGUUUUAGAAUGGAUACCUUAUAAUAAAUUUAGUGUUCCGAAAGGCAUUGAUUAUUAUGAUAAAGGAGGAUUUGGUGAAAUCCACAAAGCCAUCUGGUUAGAUGGACCUAUUUAUAGUUGGAAUUUUAAAAAACAACAAUGGGAUAGACAAAUAGAUUAUGAGGUUAUUCUUAAAAUACUUAAUAAUUCAUCAAGUUUAAAUAGUAAAUUUCUGGAUGAGUGGAAAUAUCAUUAUAAUUGUCAAAAAAAAUCAUUUUCAAAAUUUAUUCAAUUCUUUGGAAUUACUCAAGAUCCAAAUAAUUUAAAUUAUAUAAUUGUAAUGAGUUAUGCAAAAAAAGGAAGUUUAAGAAAAUGUUUGUCUAAUAUAAUUAAAUUUAAAUGGCAAGACAAGUUACAAUUAUUGAAAACAAUUAUAUUAGGACUUAAAGUAAUUCAUGAAUCAAAUUUAACUCAUGGUGAUUUUCAUGAUGGUAAUAUUUUAAUGUCAGAUAAUCACAAUGAGUUAUUUAUUAUGAUUUAGGGCUAUGUAAACCUAUAUGGAGUUUUACCUUAUAUGGCUCCUGAAAUAUUAAGAAACAAACCCUAUACCCCAGCAAGUGAUAUUUAUAGUCUUUCAAUGAUAAUGUGGGAAUUUAC